GUUCGAGUCGCUCUGCCGUCCACCAAACGGUGGAAGUUUACAUGGAUGGUUCACCUCGCUUGAUUUACUCCAUCAGGCAAAUCGGUUGUGGUGUUCCUCGCCACUCUUCACGGCCGGGUUGAAAGUACUCCAGACUCCCAUCUACGAAGUACUCGUAGCACAAAAGAAACUCCUCUCCGUACUGUACGAGUACAACGGGCUGAUAAUCAUUGCACCAAAAACUCGUCGGCUGUCAGUCACGCUGCAUGGCCAAUUCCUCCACUGGACCCUCAUCCUCACCUGGCUUUUGCGUCUUUCGAUUCAGCCAAUGCUCUCAUCUAUAAAUAAUAUGCCUCCCGAACCCCACUUCUUCGCGGGCGGGAGAGUUUUAUCAGCAUUAUCCGCGAAAAACACUUUGUCCCCGUCGAACGUCUCCGUGCGGCUCUUCGUUUCCUCUUUUAUAGUGAUGGGUCCCUCGAGAUUGAUUCUCGUUGACACUUGAUGUUUUUCAUGUUUCCUUGUGCUGUUGCUCAAAAUCUUUCCAAUGCCGUCGAAGAUUUCUCCUUGUGUUAUAGGAAUUGACGUUGGCGGUACCAACACCGAUGCGGUACUUCUUCGAGACGGGACGGUAUUGGCAUGGCAUAAGACACCAACUACAACGGACAUUCAGCAAGGAGUGGAAUUGGUCAUUGAAGAAGUCAUUAAGAAAGCCGAUAUUCCUCGAGACCACGUAAGGUCUGUUAAGAUUGGAACCACGGUGAGAAUAUGUUCCUUCUUUAUUGGAUCUUGGUACUCUGGGACAUGGAAAUUUCUGACUCAACUCAGCAAUUCGUCAACGCGGUACUAGAGCAGGAUUCAAGCAAAUUGGAUAAAGUUGCUAUUGUUCGGUUAUGCGGCCCUCACUCUAAUGGCUCUCCGCCGUUCGUGGAUUUCCCACCCGCCCUGAAAAAUCUAGUAGAAGGGCAUUAUGGCUUUGUUGAUGGUGGAUAUCAAGGUACUUUUGUCCUCAUAGAUCCGGAGCCGUUCCAGACAGAAGCUUUGCAUGCUGGUGGCUUAGAUUCCGACUAA